AGCAGUCGGGAUUGCCAUGAACAGCAUGAGCCAGGACGGCACAAUGGGAUUUCUUUGUUCCACAAUUUAGGAUAAGUGGAAUCUUUAGGACCAUAAACGUGUGUAUACAGGUUAUAAUCGGAACCUGGUGGGAAGAAACAGAGGAUUUUCUGGUUUUCUUCACAGACUUGUCGACGGGAACGAUGGGAUGGCAAGUGCUGUUGUUUAUCUCGGUGCUCUCUCUCAGUGUAGUGCACGGGCAGGUCAGCUACUCCAUUCCCGAGGAAAUGUCAAAGGGGGCUCUAAUAGGCAAUAUUGCCCAGGAUUUAGGUUUAGGUGUGGAAAGGCUGAAGUCCGGUAAAGCUCGUAUUUAUACUGGUAACAGUGAGGAAUAUAUUGAGCUGAAGAGAGAUAGAGGAGUCCUCCUUAUUAAAGAUAGGAUAGACAGAGAAUCUCUAUGCGGUCAAACAAUGCCUUGCGCACUACAUUUUCAAAUGAUCCUGGAAAACCCAAUGGAGUUUUACACGGUUACUGUCGAAAUUACCGAUAUAAAUGACAACCCUCCCACAUUUGAGAGAGGUGAGAUGAAAUAUGAAAUUAGCGAAUCAGCCCUUACUGGUGCUCGAUUCGUCUUAGAGAAAGCCAUAGACGAUGAUGUAGGUGUAAACGGACUGAACAGCUACGCCCUAAAACCCAGUGAUAAUUUCGUUCUGAAAACGAUCAGCAGAGGAGAUGGGACUAAACAUGUCGAGAUGGUUUUACAAACACCAUUAGACCGAGAGAAUCAUGAGCAUAUAUCAUUAAUACUAACUGCUCUGGAUGGUGGCGAACCACAGCUUUCGGGGACAAUGCAGAUUAUCAUAACUGUGUUAGACGUCAAUGACAACCCGCCUGUUUGCUCAAAGCUGGAAUAUAAGGCAAGUGUUACAGAGAACGCUCCUGUUGGCACUGCGAUAACUACGGUAGGAGCUACAGACAUAGAUAAAGGCAAUAACGGAAAAGUAACAUACACGAUUCCAAAAUCUGGAGCAGCGGGUCUCUUUAAAAUUGAUGCCAAUAAUGGACUAUUGACUUUAACUGGUAAUGUAGAUUAUGAAAAAAGGAGACUUUAUGAACUAGAUGUUCAGGUGUCAGAUCAGGGGGGAUUAUCCGACGCAUGUAAAGUAAUCGUGGAUGUGACAGAUACAAAUGAUAACCCUCCGUCCAUUAACAUCAUGUCUAACUCAAACACAGUUUCUGAGAACAUAAAACCGGGAACGGUUGUAACAAUGCUUAAUAUACAAGAUCCGGACUCAAAUGAUAACGGCAAAGUCAUGUGUGUUUUAAACGAAAAUAUUCCUUUUGUCAUUAAAUCAACAACAAAUAAUUUCUUUACCGUUGUAACAGACAGUGAUUUAGACAGAGAGACAGCCUCUGAGUAUAAUAUAACUGUGACCUGCUCCGAUGAGGGAGUGCCCUCCCUCUCCAGCAGCGUCACUCUCACCUUACAGAUCUCUGAUGUGAAUGACAACGCGCCUGUCUUUGAGAGGAGCUCAUAUGAGGCCUACAUUGUAGAAAACAACACACCAGGCCUCUCUAUAUUCACGGUGAAAGCCAGAGACGCUGACUGGAACCAGAAUGCCCGUGUUUCUUACAUACUGGAGGACUCCUCUGUUAACGGAGUGCCAGUCUCCUCAUAUGUGUCCGUUAGUGCUGAUAGUGGAGUCAUCCAUGCAGUGCGCUCUUUUGACUACGAGCAGAUCAAAGACUUCCACGUCCGCGUCAAAGCGCAGGAUGGAGGCUCCCCUCCACUCAGCAGCAAUGUGACUGUGAAAAUAAUGAUCCAGGACCAGAACGACAACCCGCCUCAGGUUCUGUACCCAGUCCAGACUGGUGGCUCUCUGGUGGCUGAAAUGGUGCCUCGUUCAGCAGAUGUGGGCUAUCUGGUCACUAAAGUGGUGGCUGUUGAUGUGGACUCUGGACAGAAUGCCUGGCUCUCCUAUAAACUGCAGAAAGCCGCAGACAGGGCGCUGUUUGAAGUGGGCUUACAGAAUGGAGAAAUAAGAACUGUCCGCCAAGUCACUGAUAAAGAUGCUGUGAAACAAAGACUGACUGUUAUAGUGGAGGACAACGGGCAGCCCUCUCGUUCAGCUACAGUCAUUGUUAACGUGGCGGUGGCGGACAGCUUCCCUGAAGUGCUGUCGGAGUUCACUGACUUUACACACGACAAGGAGUACAACGACAACCUGACUUUUUACUUAGUGUUGGCUCUGGCUGUAGUUUCCUUCCUCUUCAUCACGUGUUUAGUGGUUAUUAUAUCAGUGAAAAUCUACAGAUGGAGACAGUCUCGCAUCCUGUAUCACUCCAGCCUCCCUGUGAUUCCGUAUUAUCCACCACGUUACUCGGACACUUUGGGGACAGGGACUCUCCAACACGUGUACAAUUACGAGGUGUGCAGGACGACUGACUCCAGAAAGAGUGACAGUAAGUUCGGCAGAGCUGGUAGUCAGAACGUGCUGAUAAUGGACCCCAGUUCUACAGGGACGAUGCAGCGGAUACAGAGUGAAAAGAGCAUCCUGGAUGAGCCAGACUCUCCUCUAGAGAUCUCUGAUGUGAAUGACAACGCGCCUGUCUUUGAGAGGAGCUCAUAUGAGGCCUACAUUGUAGAAAACAACACACCAGGCCUCUCUAUAUUCACGGUGAAAGCCAGAGACGCUGACUGGAACCAGAAUGCCCGUGUUUCUUACAUACUGGAGGACUCCUCUGUUAACGGAGUGCCAGUCUCCUCAUAUGUGUCCGUUAGUGCUGAUAGUGGAGUCAUCCAUGCAGUGCGCUCUUUUGACUACGAGCAGAUCAAAGACUUCCACGUCCGCGUCAAAGCGCAGGAUGGAGGCUCCCCUCCACUCAGCAGCAAUGUGACUGUGAAAAUAAUGAUCCAGGACCAGAACGACAACCCGCCUCAGGUUCUGUACCCAGUCCAGACUGGUGGCUCUCUGGUGGCUGAAAUGGUGCCUCGUUCAGCAGAUGUGGGCUAUCUGGUCACUAAAGUGGUGGCUGUUGAUGUGGACUCUGGACAGAAUGCCUGGCUCUCCUAUAAACUGCAGAAAGCCGCAGACAGGGCGCUGUUUGAAGUGGGCUUACAGAAUGGAGAAAUAAGAACUGUCCGCCAAGUCACUGAUAAAGAUGCUGUGAAACAAAGACUGACUGUUAUAGUGGAGGACAACGGGCAGCCCUCUCGUUCAGCUACAGUCAUUGUUAACGUGGCGGUGGCGGACAGCUUCCCUGAAGUGCUGUCGGAGUUCACUGACUUUACACACGACAAGGAGUACAACGACAACCUGACUUUUUACUUAGUGUUGGCUCUGGCUGUAGUUUCCUUCCUCUUCAUCACGUGUUUAGUGGUUAUUAUAUCAGUGAAAAUCUACAGAUGGAGACAGUCUCGCAUCCUGUAUCACUCCAGCCUCCCUGUGAUUCCGUAUUAUCCACCACGUUACUCGGACACUUUGGGGACAGGGACUCUCCAACACGUGUACAAUUACGAGGUGUGCAGGACGACUGACUCCAGAAAGAGUGACAGUAAGUUCGGCAGAGCUGGUAGUCAGAACGUGCUGAUAAUGGACCCCAGUUCUACAGGGACGAUGCAGCGGAUACAGAGUGAAAAGAGCAUCCUGGAUGAGCCAGACUCUCCUCUAGAGAUCUCUGAUGUGAAUGACAACGCGCCUGUCUUUGAGAGGAGCUCAUAUGAGGCCUACAUUGUAGAAAACAACACACCAGGCCUCUCUAUAUUCACAGUGAAAGCCAGAGACGCUGACUGGAACCAGAAUGCCCGUGUUUCUUACAUACUGGAGGACUCCUCUGUUAACGGAGUGCCAGUCUCCUCAUAUGUGUCCGUUAGUGCUGAUAGUGGAGUCAUCCAUGCAGUGCGCUCUUUUGACUACGAGCAGAUCAAAGACUUCCACUUCCGCGUCAAAGCGCAGGAUGGAGGCUCCCCUCCACUCAGCAGCAAUGCGACUGUGAAAAUAAUGAUCCAGGACCAGAACGACAACCCGCCUCAGGUUCUGUACCCAGUCCAGACCGGUGGCUCUCUGGUGGCUGAAAUGGUGCCUCGUUCAGCAGAUGUGGGCUAUCUGGUCACUAAAGUGGUGGCUGUUGAUGUGGACUCUGGACAGAAUGCCUGGCUCUCCUAUAAACUGCAGAAAGCCGCAGACAGGGCGCUGUUUGAAGUGGGCUUACAGAAUGGAGAAAUAAGAACUGUCCGCCAAGUCACUGAUAAAGAUGCUGUGAAACAAAGACUGACUGUUAUAGUGGAGGACAACGGGCAGCCCUCUCGUUCAGCUACAGUCAUUGUUAACGUGGCGGUGGCGGACAUUCCUGAAGUGCUGUCGGAGUUCACUGACUUUACACACGACAAGGAGUACAACGACAACCUGACUUUUUACUUAGUGUUGGCUCUGGCUGUAGUUUCCUUCCUCUUCAUCACGUGUUUAGUGGUUAUUAUAUCAGUGAAAAUCUACAGAUGGAGACAGUCUCGCAUCCUGUAUCACUCCAGCCUCCCUGUGAUUCCGUAUUAUCCACCACGUUACUCGGACACUUUGGGGACAGGGACUCUCCAACACGUGUACAAUUACGAGGUGUGCAGGACGACUGACUCCAGAAAGAGUGACAGUAAGUUCGGCAGAGCUGGUAGUCAGAACGUGCUGAUAAUGGACCCCAGUUCUACAGGGACGAUGCAGCGGAUACAGAGUGAAAAGAGCAUCCUGGAUGAGCCAGACUCUCCUCUAGAGAUCUCUGAUGUGAAUGACAACGCGCCUGUCUUUGAGAGGAGCUCAUAUGAGGCCUACAUUGUAGAAAACAACACACCAGGCCUCUCUAUAUUCACAGUGAAAGCCAGAGACGCUGACUGGAACCAGAAUGCCCGUGUUUCUUACAUACUGGAGGACUCCUCUGUUAACGGAGUGCCAGUCUCCUCAUAUGUGUCUGUUAGUGCUGAUAGUGGAGUCAUCCAUGCAGUGCGCUCUUUUGACUACGAGCAGAUCAAAGACUUCCACUUCCGCGUCAAAGCGCAGGAUGGAGGCUCCCCUCCACUCAGCAGCAAUGUGACUGUGAAAAUAAUGAUCCAGGACCAGAACGACAACCCGCCUCAGGUUCUGUACCCAGUCCAGACUGGUGGCUCUCUGGUGGCUGAAAUGGUGCCUCGUUCAGCAGAUGUGGGCUAUCUGGUCACUAAAGUGGUGGCUGUUGAUGUGGACUCUGGACAGAAUGCCUGGCUCUCCUAUAAACUGCAGAAAGCCGCAGACAGGGCGCUGUUUGAAGUGGGCUUACAGAAUGGAGAAAUAAGAACUGUCCGCCAAGUCACUGAUAAAGAUGCUGUGAAACAAAGACUGACUGUUAUAGUGGAGGACAACGGGCAGCCCCCUCGUUCAGCUACAGUCAUUGUUAACGUGGCGGUGGCGGACAGCUUCCCUGAAGUGCUGUCGGAGUUCACUGACUUUACACACGACAAGGAGUACAACGACAACCUGACUUUUUACUUAGUGUUGGCUCUGGCCGUAGUUUCCUUCCUCUUCAUCACGUGUUUAGUGGUUAUUAUAUCAGUGAAAAUCUACAGAUGGAGACAGUCUCGCAUCCUGUAUCACUCCAGCCUCCCUGUGAUUCCGUAUUAUCCACCACGUUACUCGGACACUUUGGGGACAGGGACUCUCCAACACGUGUACAAUUACGAGGUGUGCAGGACGACUGACUCCAGAAAGAGUGACAGUAAGUUCGGCAGAGCUGGUAGUCAGAACGUGCUGAUAAUGGACCCCAGUUCUACGGGGACGAUGCAGCGGAUACAGAGUGAAAAGAGCAUCCUGGAUGAGCCAGACUCUCCUCUAGAGGUUAGACUGCUUUUAUACCGUUUUAAUGUAUUCUUAAUUAUUUAUAAUUGAUAAUACCCAACAUGU